AUGAUUUCCGGCAAGGGGGAGCUCUCGGCCUAUGCGGCCGCUGCGGGGAUUCUGCGUUAUGUCUCCAGUGUCGAGAAUGGCUGGCGCGUGGCGCCUAAAUCCUUUAAAGACUACGUGUCGCAGCCGAAGAAGUCUGGAUAUCAGGCCAUUCAUUUGACGCUAGUCACUGACUUCCAGGCCUUAGCCCUGACUUCGUCCUCUCCGUCCUCUCCGUCGUCUCCGUCCGCGGAGACGAAACGGGCGCCGUGCCAACUGGAGCUGCAUAUCUUCACGGAUGAGAUGAAGUCACAGGAACGUCGCGGCCCCGCCUCCCACGCCAGUUACAAAGCCUUCCCGCUUCGCCCCGAAACCAUCUUGGAGAAGUUGGGUGGUGAGACAGGCGUGGUGUCGAUCACAGAAGUGGCGCAUCAUGAUUUCGUGCCCGGGCCCGUGGAUGCAACGCAGAAGUUGGAGGAGUUGGCCCAGCGCGCCGGCUUUGAAGACAUGGACUUAGAGGCUUUGCGCAUCAGCCGCAGUCAUGUGGAUGAGGUGGUUUCCGCCUUCCAAGAACUCAUGGCGUCCAGCUUGACUGCGCUCCCUGCCUCUGCCAGCGACAAGAUGGCGCUCCGAGCAUCGAAACGAAGUGCAGGGUUGUUACCGCUGUUGCUUUUGGUAGCGUUGAGCUAUGCCUUCUCCACCUUGACCUUUGUGUCCCUCAGCACGGCGCCGCGUCGGCCGGCAACCAGCCGUGUAGCUCAAGGACGGGAACGCAGCAGAGUCGCCCUUGCCGCGCGCGGAGGUGAGGAAAAUGGAGAGAAGCUGGCCGUAGGAGACGUAGUGAGCGCUUUGUGCCCAGACGACGACCAGUGGUAUCCGGGCACCAUCGAAAAGAUCAACGAUGACAGCACUUUCUGCGUGAAAUGGGAUGACCCUGAAGGAGGGCCAGAGACCCACGACGUUCCUUUGGAUGGUAUUAGGAAGAUUGUGAUCUUCAAGGACUACAAGGUGGGUGAGAAGGUGGAGGCCGUCUUCCCUGAUGAUGGAUAUUGGUACCCAGGUGAGGUGACCAAGAUCGGAGACGGCAAGUUCACGGUGAAGUGGGAAGAUCCUGAUGGCGGCCCUGAGGAAUCUGAGGUUGACCCCAAGGAGAUGAAGUACCCACCCAUCCCCUAUGAUCAGCUGGCUGUGGGGCAGAAGUAUCAGGGCACUGUGAAAUCUGUCCUGGACUUCGGUGCCUUCGUGGACAUCGGCGCCGAAAGUGAUGGCCUGCUACACAUCUCCCGCAUCUCUCAGGAACGUAUUGAGAACAUCUACGACGUCUUGUCCGAGGGACAGCAGGUGGACGUUUGGAUCGCUGGCAAGCGGGAAGAUGAAGGAAAGUAUGGCCUCACCAUGGUGGAAGGCUUGACCGAUGGACCUGCACGCAGAGCACCAGCUGACCUGACUCCCUUUGCCGAUUUGCCCUCCGAUGAGUGGUUCACCGGCGUGGUGGCACGCACUGCGCCCUUCGGCGCCUUCGUGACGGUGACCCUGGAGGAUGGCGCCACAGCGGAUGGCUUGGUGCACGUGUCCAAGAUCAAGGACGGUUUCGUGGACAAUGUGGAUGACGAGCUUUCCGCGGGGCAGGAGGUGAAGGUGCGCAUUGAAUCUGUGGACUUGGACUCCAACAGGAUGAGUUUGUCCAUGCGCGAAGGCUUUGGAGGCGGCGGAGGCUUCAGGGAACCUGUGGACCUCACUCCCUUUGAGAGCAUCUCUUCAGACACCUGGGUCAACGGCAAGGUGGCCCGCCUGGCUCCUUUCGGCGCCUUUGUGACGGUCACAGCUGAGGGUAAGAGUGCGGAUGGCUUGGUCCACAUCACCCAGAUCCGCGACGGCUUCGUGGAAUCCGUGGAGGAUGAGCUGUCCGUGGGCCAGGAGGUUGAAGUUCGCAUUGAGUCUGUGGAUGUUGACAGUGGCAAGAUGAGCUUGUCGAUGAAGCAGUUUUCGCACCAGCGGAAGCGACAUUUCUAUGGAGAUGUCUACCAACUGAUGCCCAGUGAGCCAACCCCAUUAGGAUUCCGCAGCAGAGUGAUUACCCGAGCAAGGGGGGGAGAAGAAAGCGAGAAGUUGGCGGUGGGAGACAUAGUGAGCGCCCUGUGCCCAGACGACAGCCAGUGGUAUCCGGGCACCAUCGAAAAGAUCAACGAUGACAGCACCUACUGUGUGAAAUGGGAUGACCCCGAAGGGGGCCCCGAAACCCAUGAUGUCACUGGGCCUGGCAUUAGGAAGAUUGUGAUCUUCAAGGACUACAAGGUGGGAGAGCAGGUGGAGGCCGUCUUCCCGGAUGAUGGCUAUUGGUACCCCGCGGAGGUGACGAAGGUCGCUGAUGGCACCUUCACGGUGAAGUGGGAAGAUCCUGAUGGCGGCCCUGAGGAAUCUGAGGUCGAUCCUAAGGACAUGAAAUAUCCACCCAUUCCCUUUGACAAACUCGAGGUGGGCCAGAAGUACCAGGGCACUGUGAAAUCGGUCCUGGACUUUGGUGCCUUCGUGGACAUCGGCGCGGAGAGUGAUGGCUUGCUGCACAUCUCCCGCAUCUCUCAGGAACGUAUUGAUAACAUCUACGACGUUUUGUCUGAGGGACAGCAGGUGGAUGUGUGGAUUUCCGGCAAGAGAGAGGAUGAAGGAAAGUAUGGUGUGACCAUGGUGGAGGGUUUGAGAGAAGGAGGACGUCGACCAGCAGCAGACCUGACGCCCUUUGCGGAUCUGCCCUCGGAUGAGUGGUUCAGCGGCGUGGUGGCACGCACUGCGCCCUUCGGCGCCUUCGUGACGGUGACCCUGGAGGAUGGCGCCACAGCGGAUGGCUUGGUGCACGUGUCCAAGAUCAAGGACGGCUUCGUGGACAACGUUGAUGAUGAGGUCUCCGUGGGCCAAGACGCCUGGCAUCCGAACGUCGAGGACGUCAAGGUGCGCAUUGAAUCUGUGGACUUGGACUCCAACAGGAUGAGUUUGUCCAUGCGCGAAGGCUUUGGUGGCGGAGGCUUCAGAGAACCUGUGGACCUGACCCCCUUCGAGAGCGUCUCUCCAGACACCUGGGUCAACGGCAAGGUGGCGCGCCUGGCUCCUUUCGGCGCCUUUGUGACGGUCACAGCUGAGGGCAAGAGUGCGGAUGGCCUGGUCCACAUCACCCAGAUCCGCGACGGCUUCGUGGAAUCCGUGGAAGACGAGCUCUCCGUGGGGCAGGAGGUCGAGGUGCGCAUUGAGUCUGUGGAUGUUGACAGUGGCAAGAUGAGUUUGUCCAUGAAGCAGCCCGUGAGCUGCGACGAAUCUGACACUGCCAGGGUUGACACGACAUUGGCACAUUGCUUCCGCAACCGAAAGGAAGGUCACAGGCCCGAUUACGAUGCAAGGGCGAAAAAGUACCUGGCCGCAAAAGGUCAUAGGCCCGAUGACGAUACCAGAACGGAAAAGUACCUGGCCGCAAAAGGCAAUGACCCAGCUCUUGGGGCCACCGCUGAUGCCUUUGACAUGGGUGAGGUCGAGACCCGGGAGACCCGGGAGACCCGGGUGGUGGAGGGUCGAGUGCUCCGGGUGGGCGAGGAUCACGUAUUGAUCCAGCUCACCUCCACUGACACCGCGGGGGUUCCCGCGCGGCUGCCUUUGGACGAGGACCUGGAGCUGCGGCCAGGUGACGAGCUGGUGGACCUGGUAGUGGCGCAGCGGACGUCGCAAGGCGAAAUCAUCCUGCGUCUUCAAGACAACGAAAGUGACAGUGAUGGUGAGAAUCUGGACAUUCCAACGGUAGAUGUCCGUGGGAAAGGUAAGGGCCGUGGUGGCUACGGUUCUCUUGAGGGAGCCAUGGGGCCCAGCUACAGCAAGCAGCAGCUGCUCUCCUUCCGCGGCGCGGUCGGCGCGGUGCGAGCCGAUCCAAGCACGGCAGGACUGCCAAAGCUGCAGCCAGUUCCCGAUGAGGAAUUGGAGUCUCUGCUGCAUCGUUCCAUCCUUUCUUCGGAGCUACCCCUGCCUUGGUGGACCAAAACAAGUGCUGCGCUGAAGCGCUCCAGCCUACAACUGGCGCUGCGCACGGUGAACAUGCAGGCGGUCUAUGCAAUGCAACCUGAGAGUUCUCAAUUCCGAGAAGCCUUGGGAGCUUUGGACCCCGACAGCGCGUUUUUGCACGAGACCCUGACGCUGCUCUGGGCCGAUGUCUGGAGCACCUUCGACGAGACCGCGACGCCGAAAGCGGCGGAAGCGGUGGAAUGGUUAUUGCUGCGAGGGGCACCUGCCAACAUUUUGCUGCCAGAGGAUCCUGACUCCUUGAAGAUGCGGAUGAAGGGUUUACGACUGCUGGGUCACUUGGGCCCCCGCGUUGCUGCCGCCUCCGCUUCCGCGGUGGCUGGCUGCUUGCGCGAUCCCGACGUGAAGGGUCGCCGUGCGGCGGCGGCUGCAUUGGCCAAACUGGGGCAGGGCGUGAGUGGUCAUGCGCCCCGUGCUAUCCCCAGAUUGUUGAGGCUCUUGAAUGACCCGGAUCCUUUGUGUGGUGCCGACGCCGCCAUGGCUCUCGGCUGUUUGGGCCCGGAGGCGCUGAAAGCGGCGGCAGAGCUGUUGGAGGAGUCCAUGGAGGCAUCGCUGUUCAGCGCGGCAGGUGAGUUUGGUAGGGGGUGCAACCAUUUUUUGGGCUGGUUGGUGGUUUGGAGCAUGGCUGCCAUGGCUUUUAUUUUCCAUUUCAUAUAUAUAUAUAUGGGAAAAUCCUUCCUAUUGACGAACUCAUAUUUUUCAAGAUGGUUAUUGCACCACCAACCAGUAGGGGAUUCUACCAUGGAAUUAAAGGGGAAUGAACCAUAUUGUACCUAA